CGCUGCGAACCAGACCGGCCUCCCCCCUCCCUGUGGCUCCGCCCCGUGUUUGGUCAGACACGUGGCCCCCGGGGCCUGGGAGGUGCCCGGGGAAGGGCAGGAGCCCGGGGAGGUUCUGGGGGUGGCGGCGUGGUGUGGCCACCUCGCCAGCCCCAGGCCGGCCCGGCAUGAGCUCCGGGGUCGCCCUGCGGCUGCGGACACUCCAGCGACACCUGGGCUCCCCGGAGGUAGGGGGACAGGCCCGGACUCGGAGCCCCUGACCUCUCCUCCACCUGGGGCUGAGGGGACAGAGCUGGGUUCCGGGAGAAGAACCCCGUGUGGCCACCCACAGCCGGCACUGACUGAGGGAGAGGCCCCGGGUGUGGAGACCACUUCAGUGCUGGGGGGAGGGGGCUGCUGGGGGAGGAGGGGGACAGGCCCGCGACCUGCAUGGCCGUGUGUCACCGCAGCCUGCGCGGCAGUUCCACCCGCAGCUCCUCACCCAGGGCCCAGGGGCAGUUUGGGACUUUGUCCCCCGGGGCUGUUUACACCAGCUCCGCUGCCCCAUACCGGCGGGCGCAGACACAAGGCAGCACCCCUGCCCCUCUCGUGGCCCAGGGCAGAGGCAUGGAGCCGGGCAGCAGCCCGUUGAGCACACACGUACUGGACACUGCCUCAGGGCUUCCGGCCCAGGGCCUCUGCCUCCGUCUGUCCAGGCUCGAGGACCAUGGCCAGCACUGGACCGAGCUGAGGAAAAGCUACACGGACCCUGACGGCCGCUGCCCUGGGCUCCUGCUGCCAGGCCAGAUGAAGGUGGGCACCUACAAGCUGUCCUUCGACACUGAGGGCUACUGGCAGAAGAGGGGCCAGGAGAGCUUCUACCCGUACGUGGAGGUCGUUUUCACCGUCACGAAUGAGACCCACAAGUUCCACGUGCCGCUGCUGCUGAGCCCGUGGUCUUAUACCACGUACCGAGGGAGCUAGCGGCUGAGCGGCAGCCGGCCUGCGAGCCCGGACCCGUCACCACGGCAGGCUGAGCCGCCCCCGACCAGCAGGGCGGGCUUGCUGCUCACGGGCACCAGGCUCACACUUCCCGGGGACGUUCUGGCCCCGAUUUCCCAGUGGCAGCUGUCACUCAGGCUUCAGUAAAGUUGCUGCUGGCAUCUG